AUGUUGACUGCACGCAGAGCUACCCCAAAGGCCUGUCAAUCCUGUCGUCGUCACCUCCUUUCUAUUUUUAAAAAUGGCUUCACGAGUACCACGCCCCAUGCCUCGAGGGCACGAUAUACCACAGCUCUGCGACCUCGUCCACAAACCCUAGGUGCAUGUCACAACCCAACCAUACGGCGAUUCACAGCUUCGACUCAGCUUUCGAAAGACGUAGAACCUCAAUUGCCAGAUACCAGUGUCCAUGAUCCUCCUCCGCUCGACAUUGAGCUCGAAGAAGAGCUGGAAGAGCUGGGAGAGCUGGGAGAACUUCCCCAAGGCCAGCUGCUGGCCGAAGAGUAUUUUGAGGACGAACAAACUGCUUUUACAGAGACCGUGGCAAAGGAACCAUCCCCGGCAGAAGCCCUCGAGUCGAUUGUUAGACAAGCAAGGCAAACAUUUGGAGAAACCCUACCAAAGGACUAUUUGUCGGCCGAGGAGUAUAUCCUCUACGAACGAUUAUACGGUCCGCCAUUGCGAGAGACACAAGCAGAUGAUUUGGAAUACAUAGCUGGAGGGGAAGAAGAAGUGGAAGAUUCAAAAGUCCGAAAUGUUCUGUUGCAGGAAAAUGCUGCCGGGGAAUUCGAGGAGGUGGAACUAGAUCCUGGAAUCGAAUUUUCCUACACAGUCACAGAGGAUUUAGCAGAAGGCGGAUUGCGUUUCGAGGUGGCCGAUGGUCUGCAGCCUGGCGAUGAAGUUGAUGGUGGCAAAUCAUUCGAUGGUUCAACUGAUUUCAGUGCCAGUAUACCACCGGAAGAGGAAACAAACGUGAAUAUACAGGGGAAGAAUCAACGAGAGAUCGAUGCUAUCAAGGAAUUACAGAAGGGAAUGGCUGCUGCCAAAGCGCAACCGAUCGAGGAGCCAGAGGAAGAAGAGGAGGAAUGGGAAGAGGAAGAAGAAAUAGAGGAGGAGGAGGAGGAGGAGGAAUACAACGAUAACGAUCCAUACCUUGAUUCCAAUACCGUUCGAACGCACCCUCAUACUAUGACUGCGAGAUCUGGGACACAUCCAUCGACCAUAUUUCUACCCCAACAGCAAUUUAUUGCACCAAUUACGGAACUGUUGGAGAGGACAAAUAUGAAGCACGUUGCAGAGGCUGCUCAGAAUGCGUUUGGUGGUCCCGGACUCCCAUUUUCUUCCUCUGUACCUGCAUCGAAAAAACAUUUGCCACAAAAUCAUAUUCCAUUGGAUGCAGCGCAACAUAGAAUGACGGAUAUGGAGGCCGAUGCAUACAUGAGUGCUGUCAUGCCAGGAACAUAUGCUAUGAGCGUGAGUACAUUGGUAGAGGUUAGAAAAAGACUGGGAACCAAUUGGCUACGAAACCUACUUCUAAGAAAGGGUGUGGGUCCAAGAGUUAUGGAUGCUGGUGCUGCAGGUACUGGUGUUCUUGCCUGGAGGGAAAUGGCGCAAGCUGAGUGGGAUGUCAUGAGAGAAGAAGAUCUUGUCAAAGAGCCAGAGGCACCGGCUGGAAAAACAACGGUCCUUACAGGCGCCGAUACUUUGCGACAUAGAAUAUCACGACUCCUCGAUAACACUACUUUCUUACCUCGUCUUCCAGAUUAUGUUCAUUCUGCUGAAUCAGAGAAACAUCUUGAUGGAGCUACCCCGCAGCCCCGAAAACAUUACGACAUUAUCAUUGCCCCUCAUGCCUUGUUCCAUUUCAAAGAAGAAUACAGAAGAAAAAAUGUUGUUCAGAAUCUCUGGUCUCUGCUUGAGCCCAAGGGAGGAGUUCUCAUUCUUAUUGAAAAGGGACUCCCGAGAGGAUUUGAAGCCAUUGCUGGUGCCCGUUCUCUUCUACUCGAGAAACACAUAGCAUCGCCUGGUGACACCAUGACUGAAAAUGAAAUCGAAUCUCCAGCCUCUGAUGCAACCCGAUUUUCAGAGAAGGAAGAAGGCAUGAUCAUCGCACCAUGCACCACCCACACGAAAUGCCCUAUGUACCUCACGCCCGGUCUCAGUUCCGGUAGAAAAGACUUUUGUCACUUUGGUCAGCGCUUCAUCCGACCACCAUUUCUCCAAAAGGUCUUAGGGGCCUCCCGACGCAACCAUGAAGAUGCGAAAUUCAGCUACCUCGCGGUACGCCGUGGUAUCGAUCUUCGCAAACAUAAAAAAUCCAUUCUACAAGGCAAUGCAGCCACCGAUCAGGCGUUUGAAGGCUACGAGGAACAUGACCUCCCGGCAUCGGAAAUGGCAGCUGCUGGUCUCGAACCAAGCGAUGUGAAAUUUCACUCCCUCUCCCUCCCUCGUGCCGUCCUCCCACCACUCAAAGGACGCGGACACGUCACUUUGGAUCUCUGUACCCCAUCCGGCCAACUCGAGCGUUGGACCGUCCCAAGAAGUUUCAGCAAAACAGCCUAUCGAGAUGCGCGUAAAUCUCGCUGGGGAGAUCUCUGGGCCCUAGGUGCGAAGACGAGGGUUGUUCGUCAACCGAGACUUGGGAGACCGGCUGAAGUCGAUGGGCGGGGUGGCAAAAUGAAGGGGAUAAGAGAUGGGAAGAUUGGGAAGGGUGGGAAGAAGGUUAAGAAGAAUAAAUUUGAUAUUAUCAUGGGGCCUGAGGGCUUCAGGGGAAUCAAGGAGGAUAGGGAGACGAGUAAGUUUGUUAAGAGAGAGAAGAGGACGAAGGGAGGUAGGGUUUGGAAACAGCCUAAGCCUAUUACUGAGGAGGAUUUGGGAUGA